AUGGGACCUAUCUGUACAAAAGAUAAAACUAACAAGAUUGCCAUCAGAGGUAAUGCAAAACCUGUGAAUACACCAACUCCUAAUGCUCCGCUAAAAACUACAAACACACACAAAUAUGUUGGUGAAGAGUUUCAAUAAGAAAUUGAAAAAAAUGAUCCAGCUUAUUCUCAGAAACAAAUUAAAUGGAAUCGAUUCUAUCAAAAGAAAUACGAAGUUAUAAAUGAUGAGACCUAUUUUGCUUUGUUAAGACGGUCAACAUCCAUUGAGUAAUUAUAAUAACAGACUAAUGAAGAUGAUCAAUGUAAAGAGCCAAAACUCAAUUCCAACAAGCUUUUCUCUAAAAAAAUAGUUAUGUCGCUCGUUUAAACACUUGAUGGCCCUUUUAAAUUGACAAAUCAAGAUAUUAUGGAUGCUUACCUAAUAAAGGAAAUCAAUAACGAAGAUUUUAAAAACAUUCUUAUGGAUGGAGCCAUCUCCAAAUAUAGAUGGAAUUUCUGGAUGGCUUAAGUCUAUAGGAACAAAGAUUAUGAUCCCCUUCUUUAUUCAAAGUUGAAAAAUCAGACUCCUUCUCAGAAAGUCCUUGAAGACAUUACCAAGGAUGUUAAUCGGACUUUUCCUUCACAUGAUCACUUCAAGGACUACAACUAAGGUCAAUAACAAUUGUUCUCAAUUCUCAAGGCCUUAUCCAUUCUCAAUGAAGACAUUGGAUAUGUAUAAGGAAUGAAUUAUAUAGUUGGAUUCUCCUUGAUUGUCAGUGGAGGCAAAGAAGAGGAAGUCUUUUGGUUAAUACAUUUCAUCAACACUAAUCCUCACUUUUUAUGGUGGGAGAUCUACAGAGUCAAUUUUAAUUACACCAAAGCCUUAUGUUAGGUGUUUUUAAAAAAUUUUAAUGAAUAACUACCAGCACUCUAUCAACAUUUUCAAGAUGAAGGUAUAAGUGAUUAAUAGUAUAUUUGGCAAUGGAUUUUAACUUAGUUUUUGUACACAUUUCCAAUAGAUAGCGUGAUUUUCUUUUGGGACUUUAUUUUGGCCACUGAUAUAUUUUCAAUCAUUAAACUGAGUAUCGCCUUUCUCAAUGAAUUUGGACAUUGCCUAUACUAAAAAGAUAUUGGUUAAAUCUCAGAAUUCUUCACUGGCUUUAUCAAAGAUCAAUUAUCAAUUGAUGUUACUAGCAUAAUUAACAAUGCAAAAUCAAUUGAUGUAACUAUGACUGAUGACUAAAAACAAUUCUUUAAAAAUUACAAACCUUAAUCAUCUACUUGA